AGAGGUAACGACUUGUCUUGGGCUUGUUGUGCAGUGACUCCGCUCGUGCGUGACUGGACUCCAGCGACACUUCGGGACACAGACGGACGCCCGGAGCGCGUCAGCCUGCGCGCAGUCUGCCAGCCGGAUCGAUACACCAGCAAUUAGUCAGAGCCAAUUAGUUCCCAUUAGCCAGCCAGCAAGUCCAGUCAGAGCGCGUUCUUCUCUCUCGCAGCCGGGAUGUGCGCGUAGGAAGCCCGUCAGGCUCACGCAGCAGCACCACAGCACCCGGAGGUGCCCGACCAUGGACCGGAUCGGGGUGUCCUUCCUGGACCCGUUGGACGACUACGAGCUGAUUCAGCGGAUCGGGUGCGGUACCUACGGGGACGUGUUCAAGGCUCGUAACAUCAGGACAUCUGAACUGACGGCUAUCAAGAUUGUCAAGCUCGACCCUGGUGAUGACAUCACGUCCAUCCAACAGGAGAUUACCAUGAUGAAGGAGUGCAAGCACAAAAACAUCGUGUCCUACUUCGGCAGCUACCACAGGAACACCAAGCUGUGGAUCUGCAUGGAGUACUGUGGUGGAGGGUCACUGCAGGACAUUUACCACGUGACGGGCCCAUUAAAGGAGAAGCAGAUCGCGUACGUGUGCAGAGAAACCCUCCAGGGUUUGUAUCACCUGCACGAAACUGGCAAAAUGCACAGAGACAUAAAGGGAGCCAACAUCCUUUUGACAGAGAGAGGAGAUGUGAAACUGGCUGACUUUGGAGUGGCAGCGGAGAUCAGUGCCUCCGUAGCCAAAAGGAAGUCUUUCAUAGGAACUCCCUACUGGAUGGCUCCGGAGGUGGCUGCAGUCGAGAAGAAGGGUGGCUACAACCACCUGUGUGACAUCUGGGCCGUCGGCAUCACCGCCAUCGAGCUGGCGGAGCUCCAGCCGCCCAUGUUCGACCUCCACCCGAUGAGAGCUCUGAUGUUGAUGUCCAAGAGCAACUUCCAGCCUCCAAGACUAAAGGAUAAAACCAAAUGGUCAGCAGGUUUCCAAAGCUUUGUGAAGAUGUCUCUCAUUAAAAGCCCUCGUAAACGGCCCUCAGCUGAGACGCUGCUGCAGCAUCCGUUCGUGACACAGCUCCUGACCCGCAACCUGGUCAUUGAGCUGCUGGACAUGGCCAACAACCCUGAGCUCCACACCGGCCACACGCACAGCAUGGACGACACCGAGCUGGAGGUUGGGGAAGUGGCUCCUGACAAGAUUCAGUCAGCAGGGAAACGCCUGCCUGUGGAGAGGACCCUGUCUGAAGAACAAUUCGACCAGGUGAAGUUUGGGCCUCCACUGAGGAAGGUCACUGAGCCGUAUCCUGAUUUGCAGGGCUCCUAUGAUGACGACUGGAGUCUGUCUGGAGAUGAAGACAACUCACCGAGCCUGUUGGAAUGUGUGGAGCAAGCUCUGCAGCUGAGGAGUUUAACCAUUAGAAGGGCGCCAUCUACUGAUGGAGCUAGGAAGAGUGGUUUAUUCAGUCCGUCCACAGCAUCGCUGCCAGCCUUCAGCUCCUUAACUCCCAACACAGAGGACAGUGACCCGACGCUGAGACCCAGCUGCACACUGGGCCCCGACGCUGCUGUCCCCGCUGACCCCAACUCCACAACAGUGUUGGCCAGGUGCUCGGCCACACAGGACAUCAGACAGCGCUGCAGCGGCCCAUGCCUGCAGGGGGCGGACACUGCAGCGGCAGAGAAGAAGAAAGUGGCCACCGUUUGCUCUCCGAAAAGAGAGACGCCACUUUCACCCGAAUGGAGCACGCUGAGGAAAAAGAGCGAGGACGCUAGGGCUGAUUGUCAUGGACUUCCUCCUACCCCUCAAGUCCAUAUGGGAGCCUGUUUCUCCAAGGUCUUCAAUGGUUGUCCUCUUCAAAUCCACUGUGCCGUCACAUGGGUUCUACCCAAGACGAGAGAUCAGUACCUUAUUCUUGGGGCAGAGGAGGGCAUCUACACACUGAACCUGAAUGAACUUCAUGAGGACACGCUAGAGAAGCUGCUGCCUCAGCGAUGCACAUGGCUGUAUGUUAUGAACAACGUGCUGAUGUCCGUAUCAGGGAAGUCCUCCCAGCUUUACUCCCACAGUCUGGCUGCUCUGUUUGAACAGAGAGGACACCUGCAGAAGAAACACGGCAGUCUGUCGCUCAGCACCAGCCGCUUCACCGAGCGGAUCAGCUCCAGCCACAGAAAGUUUGCCACGUCUGUGAAGAUCCCCGACACUAAAGGCUGCAGGAGAUGUAGUUUAGCACGAAACCCGUACACAGACAGCACAUUUCUAUGUGGCGCGGUUCCGUCUGGCCUGGUUCUUCUUCUGUGGUAUGAGCCUCUGCAGAAGUUCAUGCACCUAAAGCACAUCGCCAUGAGGCUGCCGGACUCUCUGCCCAUAUUUGAGCUGCUGGUAUUGGUGUCGGACGAGUUCCCUCAGCUGUGCGUCGGGGUGAGGGACUUUAGCAAUGGGAAGCAGCCAAUCAGCCAACAGCUCAAGUUUGAUAUUAUAGAGCUGAACAGCACGCCUAUCUCAGCACCAGAUAGCGGAGCACUCGGGGCGGUGCAGGUGACCCAAAUGGACAGAGACACUGUUCUCAUCGCAUUAGAACAAACUGUGAAGAUAGUGAACCUGCGAGGACUUCCAUCCAAAGAGCUGGCCGCCGAGAUGGUCUUCGACUUCCCCAUCGAAGCUCUAGUCUGCUUACAGGACAGCGUGCUGGCUUUCUGGAAGCACGGCCUCAAGGGGAGGAGUUUCCAUUCCAAUGAGGUGACGCAAGAAAUUACAGAUCAGAGUCGAGCAUUCCGAGUCUUGGGAACAAACAGGGACAUCAUCCUUCAGAGCACACCAACAGACGAGCCCUCCGCCCUCAGCAACCUGUACAUCCUGACCGGACAUGAGAGCAGCUACUGAGAGAGAGAAACGGCACCACUUCUUCAAAAGGCACUCUGGAGAGAAAUGCAGAUCUCUUCCAUAACCCAGUGGUGGAAAAAAACCCAAGCUGCAGCCGACCCCAGCACCGACUCGCUGAGUGACAAAUGUCAGUCUGGAGGUCCGUUGCCCGUCCAGACUCAAACUGCCAGCUGUUUGGCGACACAUGUACAAGAGAGACUUGUUUCUAACUCUUACGUCUGCUGAUUAAAGCUGCAAAAGAAUAAGAUUUUCAUGUCAAAACAAAUGUCUUCCCAGCUUAAAUCCCAGUGAGACUGCUGCAGGGAGCCCAGUUCCACUCCUGGUCUACUGCACUCCGAUGGUAGACAAAUGUGCACAUAAUAUCUGUGACAGCACAACACCCUUUCUGAACUGUUGUUUUGAAGCUUUUGUUUACCGCUUGCUGCUGUCUUUGUCAGUCACUGGAACCAGGACAUUUAGUCAAAUGGGUGUGAUAGGCUAAGACUGUCUGUCCAUCAAUCACAUGAAUGCCCUCAAAGUGAUGAUAUUUCUCAUAAAAGCCACAAAGAUGCUCGGUAAAGGAAGUGAAAGAAAACUGUUUUCCAUUGGUUGAACUGCAGCUUCACCACUCCAUAGGGGGGUCGCCCUAUAUGCACACUGGUCUCCACACAAUAAUGCUGUGUAGUUACCGCAAUUAACACUUUCACUUCAACUCAACUAACAGUGAAAGUCAGAUUUUUCAGAAAGCUCUGAAUGUAUCUAAGUUGGCGCUAAAUGAUACAGAAGACAAAGUUUGGGGCUCGUUGAAAAGUUGUCUAAUAACAUGAAUGCUCCAAAGUUGUAAACACGUAAAUCUUUCACACCAUCCAUCCCAUGUUACCUGAACGCAGCAUACAGUAUAUGUAAUUGAGCUACUAUUGGUGAUUAGGGCCACAUGUGAAAAGUUAAUCUGACUUUAAAAUGGGUUACCCUUCUAUCUAGUGAGUUUGCCAUUUGGUACUGCCGUCCUCAGUGUAUAGUGGGAACUAUUAUACAGUGGACUAAAUGUAUCCCACAAUGCAUCAUGAACAGUAGUGGGCACAGACACUAUAUAUACCAUUAUGCAUGGUCUUUGAUGAAGGAAGAAUGUCGAGAUGAAAGAAAGCGGCACGACUGAGACAAAUCCACGAGUAGUGACACAUCAGAACACAAACAUCCACAAAGCAUUUUGUAUUUAUUAAAUAUGCUUAUUUCUCCAGUUUUGAUUGACAUCUGGAGGGCACACACUUAGCUUUUUCCGUUCUUACCUUUCACAAUAAAAGCCUGAGACAAACACACUGCAUCACUGCCUACCAAGAGGCAACUCAACAAAAAACGGUUAGAUUGUUUUUUUUCUCACAAAAGUUCAAGGUCUGUAUUGGAUAUGGAUGGUCCACCAGCAGUUCAAUUGUGCGACAGCAGUGACAUAACUAACAGUGCAGAGAAAAUGACCCAAGUACCAUCAUCUCAGGAAUGGAGGUCAAAGGUCAAGGUAACUCUCAUCCGUCCCAUUCUUGUGAUGUCUCUGGAGCGCCUGGCACAAACAUCCACCUGGACUCCAGGAUGAACUGAUUAUAAUUUGAGGUCAAACUCACUGACUUCUCAAAACAUAUUUUUGGCCAACUGUGUCCCUCCUCCAUCUGCUUUAUUAUUAAUUCAACCUCAACAUAGGCUGAAUGCACGUUUGAUUCCAUGAGGUUCCAUAGAAACUGAAUGCAAUUAAAGUGUACUUCUACUAGACUAAAAUGUAAAUUCCACUACAUUAGAGUUUUGUAUGUAAUUAUAUGUUAUUUAUGGAAAGGAAACUGUACAAGUAAAACUCACCUUUCCCUGAGAGAUACUUGAAAGACAUAAUAUACAUAUGACUGUUUGGUUUUUAGGUUGUUUUUAUUGUCAUUGUGUAUACAUUUUA